GCCAACCAACUGCCUAUAAACAAUAGCAUCAGUUGUAUUCAAAGCGGAGGAAGAGGGAACAAAGAAUAUAAAUAGGAAAAGAGAGAAAAUAUAUACAAGAAGAUACAUAUUAUUCAUUAGCAGUUUGGCAGGAAAUCCAGAAAAACCUGGCAUUCUGCUUUUGUUCUCUGAUUCCCUUUUGUGGAAUCAGAGGAUCAAUCAUCAUAAUCACUUCUCAUCUCCCCACAAUUUUGAUUUGUUUUCUUUAAUUAUAUACCUAGCAUUCUUGAACUAUUCUUGAAAUGGGAUUUUGAAAAAAAAAAAAAAAAGGAAAGAAAGAAAGAAAAGAAAAAGGAAACAAAUCAGAAAAGUGGGAUUUUUCUUUCUUUUCUUGGGAGUUCUUGGUAAAAUGGGAAUGGUAGAAAUUGAGGGGAAGAUGCAGGGGUGGCUCUAUCUGAUCCGAUUCAACCGUUUUGGGAUGCAAUACUCACGUAAAAGAUAUUUCAUUCUUGAAGACAAUUGCCUCAAGAGCUUCAAAUCAAUUCCCACGUCUGAGACAGAGGAGCCUGUGAGAAGUGCAAUAAUAGACUCCUGUAUUCGGGUUACAGAUAAUGGAAGAGAGAGUCAUCACAGAAAAGUGUUUUUCAUUUUCUCCUUGUAUAAUACUUCUAAUCAUAAUGAUCAACUGAAGUUGGGGGCAAUCAGUUCGGAAGAAGCUGCUAGGUGGAUCCGUUUUUUACAGGAUGCUGCACUUAAUCCUGUUAAAAACUUAAAAGCUUCUUCAAAAAGGAAGUGGCAACCUUUUAGCUUGAGUGUUUCAAAGGGAAUGGCGAACAAAAGGUUGACUUAUGCAUCUUCUCUGCAAGUGGAUGCGAUGACAUCCGACGUAAUUGCACCUUCACCUUGGAAAAUAUUUGGUUGUCGAAAUGGAUUAAGGCUCUUCAAAGAAGCGAAAGACAGAGAUUCUAAUGGGAGGCAUUGGGGCGAUCACCCAGCAAUAAUGGCAGUUGGUGUCAUCGAUGGAACAUCAGAAGCUGUUUUCCAUACCGUUAUGUCACUCGGACCCUCGAGAACAGAAUGGGAUUUUUGUUUCUAUAGAGGCUGUGUGGUCGAGCACCUUGAUGGCCACACGGAUAUAAUUCACAUCCAAUUAUACAACCAUUGGCUACCAUGGGCAAUGAAAAGAAGAGACUUGCUGCUUCGACGUUAUUGGAGAAGAGAAGAUGAUGGAACAUAUGUAAUCCUCUAUCAUUCCGUGUUCCACAAAAAGUGUCCUCCUCAACAUGGAUAUGUUCGUGGUUACGUUAAAAGUGGUGGAUUUGUGAUAAGUCCUGUGAAACAAGGUAAAGAGUGUGUUGUAAAACACAUGCUGGCUGUUGAUUGGAGAAUCUGGAAAUCCUACCUAAUGAAAGCAUCUGCAAGAACUAUAACUAUCAAUUUUCUUGAGAGAGUUGGAGCAUUAAGAGAGUUUUUCGGAGCAAAUAGCGAAAAUAAUUGCCAUGAAUUUUUAUCGGGAGAGAUAACAAGAGAAAUCGGGGUGCCUCAUUGUGAAAAGGAGGAUAUCAAAACUGAAAUUGACUUGAUGGGGAUGGAGAGUGUAACAGAAGAUGAGCCACGGCCUUCAAAUCUUAUGGGACUGAAUGAUGCAGUUGAUGAAUUUUUCGAUGUUCCUGAACCAUCCGAUGAUGAACGAUCCCAGAAUGAGUGGCCUUUGAUCAUGAGUCCAGAAUUAUGUUAUAUGGAUAAGUACCAGCCUAAAUUGCCAUCCGCUGCCAAUUUCAUGAAAAAAUUACAUCAUCUUGCAGUCCAAAAAAAGGGUUACUCAGACUUGCAAGAUAUAUCUUCGGAAGACAGCACAUCAUGCAGUUAUGGAGCCACACUUCCAAAAGAUCCAAGUUUGAAUAUCCCUUGUAGCUGGGCAGCUGCUGAUCCAUCCUCAUUUUUAAUCCGUGGUGAUAAUUAUUUAGAAGAUCGUCAAAAGAUCAAAGCAAAAGGUACUUUGAUGCAAAUGGUUGCUGCAGAUUGGAUAAGAUCUGACAGGCGUGAAGAUGAUCUUGCAAGUCGCCCUGGAGGCAUCGUUCAGAAAUAUGCAGCUCAAGGAGGACCGGAGUUCUUUUUUGUCAUUAACAUUCAGGUUCCAGGAACAACUCCACAUAAUCUUGCCCUAUAUUACAUGCUAACAACUCCCUUGGAAGAAACGCCUUUGUUAGAACGCUUUGUCAAUGGAGACGAUGCUUUUAGGAACUCAAGGUUUAAGCUUAUUCCAUACAUUUCAAAGGGAUCUUGGAUAGUAAAGCAGAGCGUCGGAAAGAAAGCUGGUUUGGUAGGUCAAGCACUCGAAGUCCAUUAUUUUCGAGGAAACAACUACUUGGAGCUUGAUAUUGACGUUGGAUCAUCCACAGUAGCGAGAGGCGUAGUUAGCCUGGUUCUUGGAUACCUUACCAAUCUUGUCAUAGAAAUGGCAUUUCUAAUACAGGGUAACAUAGAGGAAGAACUGCCGGAAUUUCUGCUCGGAACGUGUCGGCUUAAUCAUCUAGAUGCCUCAAAGGCAGUUUCUGCUGAUUCCAUUGGAAUUAGUUAGACAAAUUGUAAAGUGCAGUCUAGUAUACAUAUGAAGAGAAAGAUGGAAUGAGAAGUAAUCUCAAAUUGGUUCAUGUAGGAGUUUAUUCUCACAAGUGAUGCUUGUAAUUACUGCUUAUUCUAUUGAUCAUAACAUGUAUAUCCUAUUCCUUAAGAGUUAAUUGUAGAAUGAUGGAAAAUAAGCAUAAAAAGAUGAUCGCCAUUUCGGUUGGACUG